AGUAAUUCUCCUAUAGGAGCCAUGCUUUGAAGGCAAAUUAUUGCUGAUAUUCCAAGUGAAUGUCCCUUUGCAAAGCCUCCAUAAAAGACAGGUCUGGGGAGGGGGCCAAGAUCAUAUGCAGCCUCUCAGCACAAGUUUCUCCACACUGUUUGGAACAGGAGGGGGUGGAGAACAUUCUUCAGAUACUGAAAGAAGAAGUUUCUUAGUUGCUGAACUCUGCAUUCAGCAUCAGUCCAUUUCCCACCGGUCAUUAUGGCAACACGGAGCAAUUCUCGCUGCUCCCUGAGAGUCGGGGUGAUAGGGAUCAUUGUUACUAUUUGCGUUAUUAUUCUAAUUAUAAGCCUUAUUGCUGCAUACACUGCCAUUAAGAGGAAGGAGGACACUCAUAUAUGGAAAGGGCAAGGGACGACUCAAAAUCUGCAGGACAUUGUUCUUGGGAGAUGCUAUAACUAUGUAACAAUGAAUCCAGGCAUAGGGAAAAAGAAUUGUGACGCUAUCUGGCAAGCACUGACAGGAGCUGUGUACAAGAAGAACCCCUGCAACAUCACACAGGAGGAUUACAAACCCUUAGCAGAUUUGGCUUCACAAACAAUUCAAUGUAACAAGACGCUCCUGUGGAGUAAAACGAAUUCCCUGGUGCACCGCUACACAAAGGCAUCACAAGACUUUUUGACGCUUGAGGACACAUUUCUGGGCUCCAUGUUUGACAGCUUGAUGUGGUGCGGGAUGUCCUACAGCUCAGAAAUGAACUAUGACUCCUGCCCAGCUUGGAAUGAAUGUGACAAUAACGCUAUAUCUGCUUUUUGGAAGAUGGCAUCUGCUACAUUUGCCAAAGCAUCGUGUGGCGUAGUCAAUGUAAUGCUCAAUGGAUCGGCAGAUGGAGGAGUUGCCAGGAAGGAAAGCAUCCUUCGAACAGUUGAAGUACCAAGCAUGAAUGUAAAUGCAGUAUCAGAAGUCCGAUUAUGGAUCAUGGAUGACCUGGAGGGGCCAGACAAGAACUCCUGUGAUACGGAAUCAGCGGUGGAACUGAAAGAUUAUAUUGAGCAGCACAAACUGCCUUUCUCCUGCAUAGACAACUAUAGGCCGGUGCAGCUGCUGCAGUGCAUAGAAACUCCAGAUCUCCCCGCAUGCAAACUGUGCAAAUCAUAGAAAGACAUUCCCACUCCACCAACCCAACAAUACACCGUUUGCCAUAGAACUUCUCGUUAAACAACAACUUAUUUUUGUUGGAUAAUCGUGUUCCAGUGAAAUCAUGUUCCAAAGUCUUAAAGAGAUACUGACACCAGAAAUGUAACCUUUUUUUUUUACAUCUAUCAUAAUAUUGCCUUUGAAAGCUACUUAUAACUUUGCCAUAAAGUAUUUGCCUGAUGCUUUUACAUUACCUGUCUGAUGCCCCAUGUUCCUGUAUGAGGGGGCUGCCAUAUUUGUGCAGCAGGAGUCCAUUAGCAUUAGAAACUCUAACUGUCAGGUUGAGAUGGGACAGUCAGGUUGGCAGAAUAGUCAGGCUUAGGAACUUCAACUAACAAUUACUAACAGCAUACCUCCCAACAUUUUGGAAAUAAAAAGAGGGGCAAAAAAGUUGCAUUUUUGUGGCCACACCCCCUAAUUACCAUGUUCAUUUUACAAAAUUUGGCAGGUUAUGAAAGUUUGAACACAUUUCUGUGGUUAUUUUCAGUUAUUACAGUUUUGCUAAUGAAGGUGAGUCUAACUUCUCCCAAGAGACCUGUUAUCUUAUAUUGUUACAAUUACUUAUUUGCUUAUCUGAAAUUGUUACAAAAGUUUCCAAGUGCACCUGGAGGCUGUUCUGGGCUCUCUGCCAAAAGCCAAUUAAGUUAGAAACACUGUCUAACUUUCUGGCUGUGCAGAGAAAAACGGGACUUUCCAGUGCAAACGAGGGACUGCGGGUUGAGCUGUCAAAAGAGGGACUGUCCCUCUAAAAAUGGGACAGUUGGGAGGUAUGAUCAAAAUGACGUAUAGCUAACUUUAAAUAUACAUUCAUAUUUUAAAAAGUAGUAGUGUCAGUAUCACUUUAAAUAAAAGUUUAUUUUUUCAGUAAUCCCGAGCUGACUUUAUUUGCAUUGUGUUGUCAUGUCGGAACUGUGAGCUUGUGCCAUGGUUAGUGAAAUCUUUGUACCCCCCGGCAGCUCCCAAUAUCAUUCCAGCUCUGAUGGUGUUGCCAGAAAUCAAAUAAAAAAAAAAAACUUGUCAUA